GAGCACUUUCUCAAAAAAAAAUAAAAUUUCUCUAAAAUUAAUGACAGCAACAACAUCUUCAUCAACAUCUUCACCACCAACUUUCCUCGAUGGAAUAUUUCGAAGUCGCCACUCGCGGGGGGAAUGUAUUAGCCCUUUAGAAUUAGAAGCAAUUGUUGCCGUUCAACAACUUGCUGUUUUUGUUGAAAGUAUUGCUGUCUCCGAAAUGUUGCCAAGAACUCCAGAACUUAUUUUUGUUAAUUUAACAACAUUAGAAGGCCAGCCACAUUGUUUAGAAUUAACAAGUAAAGGUUGGAGGGUUACUUCUCUCCGAACAGAUUGUAUGCAUGGAGACUUUACAAAAAUGGAAAUGUUUACAAAUUAUUAUAAUUCUUUUAAUGAAUUAAUGAAUUUUAUAUCACCUAAAUAUCUAAAUUUAAAAGAAAAUGAUGAAGAAUAUAUUAAUAAUAAUAAUAAUAAUUUCCAUCACAAUUCAACAGAAUGUUCAAGUAAUUCAAUAAGUGAUUCAGAAGAAUUAUUUAGCAGCAAUAAUAGCUUGUAA